AGAGAGAGCGAGAGAGAGAGAGAGAGGAGAGAGAAAAAAGAGGGAGAGGCUUGUAGAACUAAGUGUGUUAGGGAGGUGAGAACAGAGAUUCACAGAGAGCAGAUAUGUAGAGCCGUUGUCCAUUCCCACUGAGGAUCAGGCAGCUAGAGAGGAUUCAUGGAGAUACAGGCGGAAAGAUUUCACAACCUCAAGUUCAGAGAGACAAUCUUCUGUUGAAUUAAAAGGAAUCCUGGAGAGAGAAGACCGUUUUGAGGAAAACUGGAUACUCAAUUCUUCCAAGCACAGUAGACGGAUCACAGAUCAUGGCCUGGAGGUUAUGGAACUGAAGACAGCAAAUCCCUGUAAUAGAUACAGACUAGAAUAUCACACUGCGUCAAAGAUUGUCUCAAGUUCAGAGAGCAAAUCUUCUGUUGAAUUAAAAGUCUGUUGGAUUCUAUUUCCAAGCACAGUAGACGGAUCAUAGUGCUGCAGGAGAAAGACAAUUAUUUCGGAGUCACACUGGAGUUCAGCCAGCUUCUAGACGACACGUUCUCCUAGUGUGAUCCGCCGGUCUGAGAAACAUCAACUUGGCCAGGCCGUUUGAUUGACCCCCUCUCUGGGAAGAACAUACUACUGAAUGGAAGUACAUUUCACAUCAGCACCCAGUGGAUGUAUUGCAGCUCUCAGCCUCAAUGGACCUUCAAUUAUUCUCACCAGCUGUGAACCAGAGGGUGACUUGAGGUCAGACGUUGGACAGGAAUUAGGGGUGAGACCAGGACAUUAUGUGGUUGUGGAUCCAGGCUGCUGUAGCUCUGUGUGAGCCAGAGGAAUGACCCUACCUGCUUCCUGGGACUGGGAUGGACUGGACAGGGGCACGGCAGACUGGUUCGGGGUCAGUAAGGAAAACGACAGCACCCAGCGAUGGAGGAGGAAGAGCCUGCAGCACUGCAACCUGCGCUACGGCCGCCUCAAGGCCCAGGUGAUGAGGGAGAUGGAGCUGUCCAGCCAGGACAACCUGUCUCUGACCAGCACUGAGACCCCACCACCCCUCUACCUCCCCCCACACCACCACCACCCCCACCACCCCUAUGCCAUGCAGCGGAUUGUGGACCCCCUGGCGCGGGGCCGUGCAUUCCGCAUGGUGGAGGAGGUAGAUGGUUACAGCGUACCCCAGACCCCCAUCACCCCUGGUGCCGCCUCUCUCUGCUCCUUUUCCAGCUCGCGCUCCGCACUCAACAGGUUACCGCGGCGUCGCAAGCGAGAGUCGGUCGCCGUCAUGAGCUUCAAGGCCGCCGCAGCGCUGGUUAAGGGCCGUACGGUGAGGGAGAGGGAGGGCGCUGCCCGGCGGUGUCGCAGGCGGAGCUUCAUGCCAGUGAGUUUCCUGGAGGACGACACAGUGGACUUCCCUGACGAGCUGGACACCUCCUUCUUUGCUAGAGAUGGUCUGAGGAGAGGAGAUGAGGAGCUGUCUACCUAUGCAGACGAUGUGUUUGAUUCUCCGUCUGAGGCCGCCAUUAAAGAGGAGGAGUCUAACACAGCAGCGGAUGAGAGUGACCUCACAGGUGGCGCCUUGGACAAGAACGAACUGGAGAGGAGUCACCUGAUGCUGCCCCUGGAGCGGGGCUGGCGUAAAGGUAAAGAACCUGGACUGUCUCAGGUCCAGCCCAAGGUGCGUCUGCGCCAGGAGGUGGUGAGUGUGAGUGGGCAGCGACGGGGCCAGCGGAUCACAGUGCCCGUCAAGAAGCUCUUCGCCAGGGAGAAGAGGCCCUACGGCCUAGGGAUGGUGGGACGGCUCACUAACAGAACCUACCGCAAACGCAUCGACAGCUUCGUCCAGCAGCAGAUAGAGGACAUGGACGACCACAGGCCUUUCUUUACCUACUGGAUCACAUUUGUCCACCUGUUAAUCACCAUCCUGACUGUUUGUCUCUACGGCAUCGCCCCUGUGGGCUUCUCCCAGCAUGAGACCGUCGACUCGGUAUUGAGAAAUAAAGGUGUUUAUGAAAAUGUCAAGUUUGUGCAACAAGAAAACUUCUGGGUGGGACCAAAUUCUGAGGCGCUAAUCCACCUGGGGGCUAAGUUCUCCCCCUGCAUGCGUCAGGACCAGCAGGUCCAUGACCUGAUCCAGGAGAAGAGAGGAAGAGAGCGGGAGUCAGCCUGCUGUGUGAGGAAUGACCGCUCCGGCUGUCUUCAGACGUCACAGGAGGAGUGCUCGUCUACUCUAGCAGUGUGGGUGAAGUGGCCUCAUCACCCCAGUGCUCCUCUCCUGGAGGGGAAGGUCCGUCAGCACGGCUCAGUCUGCCACCAGGACCCCAGAAUAUGCCUGGAGCCAGCCUCUGUGUCGCCUCAUGAGUGGCCUGAUGACAUCACCAAGUGGCCAGUGUGUACCAGGUACAACCCAGGCAACCACACUAACCUCCCCCACGUAGACUGUGCCAUCACCGGACGGCCAUGCUGCAUUGGGACCAAAGGGAGGUGCGAGAUCACGUCCAGAGAGUACUGUGACUUUAUGAAGGGCUACUUCCACGAGGACGCGACUCUCUGCUCCCAGGUGGCCUGUAUGGAUGAUGUGUGUGGCCUGCUUCCUUUCCUCAACCCUGAGAUCCCAGACCAAUUCUACAGACUCUGGCUCUCUCUAUUCCUCCAUGCAGGGAUCCUGCACUGCCUGGUGUCGGUGCUCUUCCAGAUGACCAUCCUGAGGGACUUAGAGAAGCUGGCCGGCUGGCUGAGGAUCUCUAUCAUCUACAUCGUCUCUGGCAUCACUGGCAACCUGGCCAGCGCCAUCUUCCUACCCUACAGAGCAGAGGUGGGUCCAGCUGGCUCUCAGUUUGGUAUCCUGGCCUGUCUGUUUGUUGAGCUGUUCCAGAGCUGGCAGAUCCUGGAGCGUCCGUGGAGGGCUUUCACCAAGCUGUUGUGUGUCGUCAUCUUUCUCUUCUCCUUUGGCAUGCUGCCCUGGAUAGACAACUUCGCCCACAUCUCCGGAUUCAUCUCUGGACUCUUCCUCUCCUUCUCCUUUCUGCCAUACAUCAGUUUUGGCCGUUCGGACAUGUACCGUAAGCGUGUCCAGAUCUGUGUGUUCCUGUUGGUGUUCCUGGGUCUCUUCUCAGGACUGGCUGUACUGUUCUACAUACACCCAGUCAAGUGUGAGUGGUGUGAGUACCUCACCUGUAUUCCCCUCACUGACAAGUUCUGUGACAAGUAUGACCUCAACGCCCACCUCCACUGACCAGGCCUUUGACGGUACAAUUGCAAUGACUAGAAUGGACAAUCUCAAAGAACUAUAGCCUCACGCGCCAGGAUAGCAGGACGAAAGGGUCGGCUGGUGAACGAGACUCUAAGCAACGUCACGGCAUGGACCAGAUGACUAGAAUGGACAAUCUCAAAGAACUAUAGCCUCACGCGCCAGGAUAGCAGGACGAAAGGGUCGGCUGGUGAACGAGACUCUAAGCAAUGUCACGGCAUGGACCAGAUGACUAGAAUGGACAAUCUCAAAGAACUAUAGCCUCACGCGCCAGGAUAGCAGGACGAAAGGGUCGGCUGGUGAACAAGACUCUAAGCAACGUCACGGCAUGGACCAGACCGGCGGCCAUAUUUGGUGUAGUAUUCAGGACAUUGGAUGUGAAGAUUGCCAAUCUUGGAAAAAUAACUGUUGAUCUUAAUAACUGUUGAUCUGUCUCCAUUUGAUUUUGUUGAUUUGGACAUUGCUUGCGAGUGACCUGUCACUUUCAAAGCAUAAAGACUUAAAGAGAGAAGGCGGGGGUGGGGGGGUAAAUGUGACUGUUGCCUUGCCGCUGCUCUUAUUAAAAACAGACACAACAGCACCACCUUGUGGCCGUCAGACCACAUACAGCUGUGGAGGGAUUUUGUUUUGUAUUUUUCUACACACGUCAUAAAGCUGACGAAAAGUUGUAUUGGUUUAUUGGAUGACCUCAGACAGGGAACUAUCUCACAGGAAAGAAAAGGGAUUCCUGUAGUACUGUACGAUGACUGCCUCUGGUGCCUUGGUUAUUACUGCCAUAUCUAGGUCCAAGUCUCAAUGGCACACUAUUCUCUAUACCAGAGGUUCCCAAACGUUUUCACUCAGGCCCCCUUCCAGCGUUGGAGAACAUCUCACAAUGACACAAGCAUUGUUCAUGACACCAAGUGUUCACACCCCUCUUGUUGGCGGAGAGUUGUAAACGCUUAUUUCCUGCAAUUGUAGACAUUUUGCAGAGCCUCAUGUGUAUUCAUGUGAUAUUUGAGUAACUCAAAAAUUACCACAAAAUCUAUGGGCUAAAAAACAUUAGCUGACAUGUGUUAGUUAUAAAUAGGUUAUAAAUAGCUCUCUAAUGUAUGCAAUGACUGACAUGACAAGAGGAACUAAUGAUGCACUACCCAAUACCGAAAAUGCACCUUUUGCAUUCAACUAUUACAAAUUACAAGUGUUUUUUUGGGGGGGGGGGCUGCCGACCCCUCACCCCCCCUUGGGUAACACUGCUCUGUACAGUGAACUAUAUAGGGAAUAGUGUGUCAUGUGUGCCCUAUAUUACACUAGACAAAACACUUGUAGGUUAACAUGUGUACUGCUGUCUAAGUAGUGGUGAGUGUUUGGAGGGUAGCGUUUUAGCUACCUGCUUAUCUGUACCUGCCAAUACAGCAACACAA